UUUUGUAUUCGUAGAGUAGACAGUGUAGGCCAAAUUCUAUACCCCUAUUCUGACAUCUGAUUUCACGUUGAGUUAUGAACAUGGACUAGCUAAUGAGCUAUUGGUUGAAUGACACUGAAAAUAACUCAAGUGAUUGGGUCUAGUUGUAGUAAGAUGGUAAGAUGUGUUAGCAAUCUGUCGUACACAUAGUUCAUUGAUAUUUAGAAGUCGUCCGAGGAAGAAAAAAAUCUGCUGUCAUUAGCAAAUAUAAUUUGUGCAUAUAACCGGAACUUAAUUAAGGAUCAGUGGGCACAGAAAUGUUUUGGAGAUAUGUUCUGUGAGCAGUUCUCUGGAUUUAAUGUACGGAUUUUGUCGUGUGUAGAAUGUUACACAUGUUCAGUUGUGUAUAAAAUGAACCUGUACACCUGUCUGGAAAACUGGAAAAACAAUUUCAGCGAUGGAUGUUUAAAUUUGAUCUGAUGUGAUGUUGUGGAGUCAACAUACAGCUAUGGAUGAAUUCCACCCCUUCAUCGAGGCGUUGCUCCCUCAUGUGAAGGCUUUCUCCUACACAUGGUUCAACCUCCAGGCAGCAAAACGCAAGUACUACAAAAAACAUGAGAAGCGCAUGUCAAUGGACGAAGAGCGCAGAGUCAAGGAAGAAUUACAGAACGAAAAACCAGAAAUAAAACAGAAAUGGGCCUCAAGACUUCUGGCAAAAUUGCGGAAAGAUAUAACUCAGGAAUGUCGAGAAGAUUUUGUGCUUAGUAUAACAGGAAAACGACCGCCGGUAUGUGUAAGCAGUAACCCGGACCAGAAGGGGAAAAUGCGUCGAAUAGACUGUCUACGGCAAGCGGACAAGGUUUGGAGACUGGACCUUGUAAUGGUUAUAUUGUUUAAAGCGUUACCGCUGGAAAGUACUGACGGGGAGAGACUUGAGAAGUCACCCGAUUGUAUGAACCCUACACUGUGUGUUAACCCACAUCAUAUAAGUGUAUCUGUGCGCGAGUUAGACCUCUACUUGGCUAAUUUUAUUCACAGCUAUGUCCCGGAUCCUAGAGCCGACUACGUAGAUUUGCAGAUGAGCGAAGAUAUCAAAGUGCCUGGAAACAUUCACUCAGGGGUUUCUGGAAAUGACAGCAUCAUGGCUACAGGGGUCUUCUCUGCUAGGGAACUACUUCGUGUCACACGGCAUUCCAUCAUGAUGCCACAGAACGGGACAGUGUCUAUGAUGCCGCCCAGUAAACAGAUGGACAGUCCCAGUUACUACAACUACAGCCCUCAGGAACAGCCCCAGGUGGUGGGUGGCAUGCCACACCCGGGAAUGCCCAACGGCCAGUCCGCCCUUAGCCCCUCCGGCCACCCACAUAAGCGGCUAAAGCGCAGCACCAUGAGCUCAAUCUCGUCAGCGGAGGACGAUGUGGAGAGCGUCGGGGAUGAGAACGAGACGAUGAGCAACUACUAUGGCAAGUCUCCCGCUAACCUGAGUGGCAGUGGCUCGUCAGGGUGGCAGGGGGAUCACAUGGACCCAGGUUUGACAAAUAGUGCAGCCAUGCAUUCACCUCACCUGCUCCAUGCUAGUAAACCUACGGUAGAUGCAUCUUCAUCUUCAUCAAAUGCGCGAGGCUUCACCCCGGUGUCGUCUGGCGUCUCAUUGUCCCAGCAUGCAUCUCGGCACGAGCAGGGGACCCCACCCAGGCCCCUGAGUGGUCACACCCCACAGCCAGCUGGGACACGCCCACUUUCCUCGUCCCCGCCCCUCUCAGGUAGAGGUGUGUUUAUAGCCCAAGGUUUACAGCAGAUGGGCAUGUCGGGUCCCGGGCCAGGGCCGCACCCCUCUAUGAAGUACCAGGAACACCCCGGCGGCGAUACGUUCUCCGACUUUGUUUCGCUGGUAUGUCAGGAGGCUCAAAACUCACAGGGACAGAAGCCUGGGGUGCUACGAUUUUUCGAGACAGCGUUUAAUUCAGCCGCCGUGCGAGACCAGGCUUCUAGUCACGGCAAUAUGGGAGAUGAACACAUUCAUUCAAACUCGUCGACACCCCCGAUGAAGAGCCCCACCAAACUCCCACACUUCUUUUCGCCAGGGAUGCUUCCUCCACCUCCCCCGCCUCCUCCAAAUCUGGCACGCCCUGUGGCCAUUCUGCGUACGUCGGACGGACAAGUCGUCAGCAGUGCUCCAACCUCUAUGACCUCAACAGUGUCUAGUUCUUCUAACAAUAAUAACUCGAGUCAGGGUAUUAGCUCCUCACCGGGAACGCCUCCUUUCAACCGGACGAUCAUGUCCAGCCCGUUUUCAGUAUUGACUCGGCCUGAGCAUGCCUUCGCUCACAUACAUCCGCAGGGACAUCAGGUGUUUUCCUACCCCAGUCUUAGCCCUGUGAAUGCCCUCAGUGGCGUGAUCAGUCCCACUACAUUGAGUCUGAUCGCUUCACCGGUGGGUACGCCUCGUUCCACUCCACGGUCAACACCCAUACCCCGGUGGACCACGCCGUUCAUCCCCCUAGACGAGGGCAUGGACUAUAACAUGCUGGCUAACAUCAUGCACGGUGUCAACAACGAUGAACCUCUACUGAGCGAAGAGCGUUAUUUCCCAGGAGAUGGCAUGGAAGGAUCUGGUAAUGGUCACUCAGGCCCACCCGGACCCUCUCACUCAGGACAAGCUCCGCCCCCGGCACCUCCCACCCCAGUGGCCAAUACCCCAAAACAGACACAGAACCAACAGACUUGACACGAGGGAGGCAGGGGGUGGGGCAUGUGAGCCCCGCCCCCCAGACCUGCUUUGCUUGGCUGUGAUAGCAGACUACCAUUAUAUACUAUUUAACAUACUGUUUUGAAAAAUUGUAUCCACCGUUAUGUCACUGUGACCUCUGAACUUGUACGUGAUUUGUGACCUUUGAACUUGUACGAACACGGUGACUUUUAAACUCAUGUUGUUACCGGUUUGUACACAAACACGCAUCUGAGAAAUUACCACAUAAACAAAAUCCUAGAAUCGCCAUUGUUAAAACAGACAUGUUAACAGAAGCCUCUCCCUUCAUCUAAACUACGGUGUACACAUUAAAAUCUAUUUCUGGACAAAUCUUCAGUUGGAAUUUCACGACAAAUUUGAUGUCUGUGUAUUUGGUUUGAAAUUUUGGAAGGGUGUGUACCUAUCUAACGUGUGUAUAUCUUACUGAUGCAUUAGAUCAGUGUGACUCAAUCACACAAUGAAAAAAGAAUAACAAAACUAAGAUCAUGACACUAGUUUUCACGUCCUCCUAGAUCUGGUACAAACUGGGCUGCACUUGUGAUAAAAGUUCAGCCUCGAGAAUUUGUGUAAACUUGUCUUUUUAACAAUGACUUCUAAACCGAAUUUUACUCAAACAGCAUUUUGAGAUUUUAAUGAGCUUUACCCUUGUUUUAAUGUAUGGUUUAACUAAAAUCUGUAGUAUUAUAAUUAGCAUGUAGACGUUUGUACAUUGUCCUGUAUAUUAUUGUAUACAUAUAUGACUAUAAUUCACUCAAAGCCAAAUACUUGUAAACAAUUGAGACUUUUAAGUUAUUUUAUUAGUGUUGUUUCAGGGAGCUUUGAUUAUCUCCCUUAUUAUUACCCUUUUAUCUCUGUAACUUUAACUACUGUACAGUUACCUGUAAUUAUCACAAUGAAGUUGUUAAGUAUUUCUUGAAUUCCAAAAAGUACAAAAAAAAAUACCUAUGCAAAUUGUGCAUAAACGUUUUUGUAUAACGUAUAUAACGUCAGUAUGUGAAUGAUUUGAUUUUUCCUUUAAAAUUUUCGAAAUAUUUUUUCCCCUUUUUUUCCUUACCCAAAAGAACGUAGAUAAAAUCUCCCUUGAUAGUACUAGAAUUGUAUACGUUAAUAGUUAAUGAUGAUAAUUAUUGAUGUUUGUGUGAUAACAAUUAUUAUUACGACAAUUGUUAUGACCAUAAAUGGAAGAAGAGGCCUCAGAUAGACUGUAAAUAGACAUGUUGUUAUUACCGACAUCUGUUAUGUUCUGUGUCCAGAACACUAGCGUUAGUGAAAUGAAAUACGUUGUUCAAACUAGUCCUCCCGAUUGUAACAUUAUCGCCCCCCUUCAUCAUUAACACCUAGUCCAAGUGCUACUCAAUUUUUUUUCUCCCCCCCCCCCCCCCAUCAACUUACUUAGAUGUAGUGUUGUCAUUUUGAAGAAAAAGGCCCUAAAACUUUUCUUCCAUAUGUAUAUUCAUCUGUAAAAUCAUCACCUUUCGUCAUCCAUUUUUUAUAUAUAUUGGAACCAUGUACCUCAAACAACUAAUUCUCUAUCAUGUUAUGCGACUACAAAAUUCAGGAUUGGUCUGUUGAAUCAUGUGACUUGUCACUUGCUGUCCCGACGGGUGAGAUGGUGAACCCCUGAUGGCAUUCGAGUUGGAGUUUGUUAUCUGAUGUUUAUUGGGAUACCUUAAGAUUCACCAGUACACUUAAUUUAUCUAUAGCAUGCAUGUAUGGUAUAACUACCUCUUUGAAAAAAAAAUAAGAAUUAAAAUUUCAAACAGUUUUUCCCAGAUUAAUUUGAAUCAUGCCUUCUUUCGUUUGAUAACAGUUUUUGUCAAAUUCUCGUAAGAAAUGAUCAAUACAGACCUUGGAUGAUUUAGUUUUGAUUUUGGAACUCUUCCUUUUGUGAAAAAUAUGGGAAAUUAACUUUCAGAUUGAAGUCACAAUUAUUGAUUUGAUGUUUGCUGUAGAUAGAUUAGACUAAUUCAAACAGGAACAUUGACAGUAAGAUUUCUGUUGCUUUUCAUCUAGUGAUGUAAAUGUAUUGUGUUUAAAAGUUUGUUAUAAUGUAGAAUGCUAGCAAUAAAUUCAGGACAGUUGUGCUGCCCAUGCAAAGAAACGGAUAGAAUUGCCAAAGUGUUUAUUUGAUUUGAUUUGGAUUAUUAUUUUUCUUUAAUUAAUUCACUAAGGAUUAUCAGACAAAAAAUUUGAAAAUGUAAAUAUUGAAAGCAAGUGUUCUACCUCAUGGAGUUAACCAAUAAUAUGCCAAGCACAGUUAGUGUUGAUGUCAUGUCAAAUAUGCAAAAUCUCGUCGAAAUAUCGACAAUGGCUACACAAGCUUGUUGGUAUAUUUGACCUUGACACUUUAAUGAUAAUUUGAUGAACACCAAUUUUUUUUCUGCUUUUUAAGAUUAAUUUCUCAGCAAUAAUGAAAAAUGAAGCCCUGGUGAUUUCUUUAACUUUGAUUCUACGGAACAUGUAUUGAUUAUGCAUUGAGAAUGUAUGUAAAUAACUAGAGAGUCUUUCACGAUUUUAGUUGUUGGUGUAGAGAGUGAGUUAUCUUCCCUUGUACUGGUCAAAUAUGUUUCGUUGUGUUCACAUAUAUGGUUGUUUUCUAGCCGUUCUGUGAAGAGGUCUUGUGUGCGUGCGUGUGUAUAAGGGGGAGGGGAAUGGGGUUUCGUAUAUCUAUAAAGCUUUGUUCAGAAACUGUAGUUAAUUUAAAAGAAGAUCCCCGUAGAAAUAGUUAGACGAGAAAAAAUAAGACAGUAUUUGUUGAAGAUAUAUCAGAAAAGAAAAAAAAAAAAGUAUCCACUUUUGCAGUAAUUGAAAAAAUGUUCUUGCUCAUAUUUCACUGCUAUGUCAAACUAAAUUUUAUCUUGACAGUGAAUUAAAAUGGGGGUAUAGAGUUGAAUCAUCAUUUGAAAUACCAUUAAAUAGUUGCGAAAUAUAUUUCCAGAUUUUUUUUCAAAUUCUCAGAAGUAACAAAUUGACAAAUGUCAGUAAUGUUGUAUUGUUAAGGUUACCAAGGUUACCAGGGAAUGAUAAAUGAUAUUAAAGUAGAGUAGAUCAUAUAGAACAUUGUUGUGAAUUCUUGGUCAGCAUUUGUCUGGUUUGUCUGCUCCAAACAAAACAAGUCCUACUUAAGGCUUGACCUUGACCUUAGUAAGGCUCGACCUUUACCUUAAUGACCUAACAGCAGCUUCAUAGGCCAGUGAAGAAAUGGAUCAAGAAAAUCCAUAAUUUUGAUUUGAGGAACUCUUUUGUUUGGAGGUGACAAACAUCUAUAUUCUGGUAAAUAGCUGACUAAUUUUGAGUUCAGUGUUGGCCCCCAUACUCAAGUCCCUGUGUGUUAUGUGAACAACUUGUUGGUGUAGCCUUGUCUACCCAUCGCUUUGUUAAAUGGCAUCUACGUUAUAAGUUGUUGGCGUUUUGUUGUGGAUUUGAACCCAUGCCCUGGGUUCUAGGAGUUUUAAUUGUGAUACUGCACCCCUUGUUAUUUCCAUGUCAUCCAGAAAUCCUCGCUAACAUGCUUAUCACAUGUUUAAUUUAUUUUAGCACUCUUUAUCAUCUUAUUAUUUAUUAUGUUGUUACAUUAAAGAAAACAGUGAUUUUUAAAAGACUUGUGUGAAAACUGUGAGUGACUUUUGUCAUCGCAAAAUGUUGUAUUCUUCGUCAUGGAGUAGAACUAUUUCAUGAUUUCACUUGUCCGUUGUCACCGCAUCACGCAAAUGAUGUCGCCAUUGACCCUUCCCAUGUACCUUGAUGUGUUGACAACAUAAACGUUGAUACGUCAGUGUUUGACGUACAGCUGGGAAGGUGGGCAUCGUCAUCCUCCUUCAACACAUGCUAGAUAACGUAUGUCCUAUGUUGGUUUAUUGUCAAAUUUAAUCAUAUGUUAGUGCGAAUGUUUUGACUGUGUGCGUGUUGGUAUAAAUGGCCUCUGUAUGGAUUUCAGUCACCUGACUGGAGUCGUAACAAAGGAACGACGUUACAAGUCGUGAUUACUCAUAGUAUUAUAAGUUCACUGUGGCCAAAUCGGCAGUAACGAGGAGAUUUUUCUUGCCAUUAAAAGGGAGCUUAUUCAAUCUGGCAUUGGACGUCGCCAAAGUGUUAUAAAACUCAUUUUGGAAUGGGAGGUCCAGCCCAUCACAUACAUAUACAUUUAUAUAAAUAAUCUCAAAUCCAACAACUCAUUAAGUGCUACUUGUAUUUCAAAAAAAAAAAAAUGUAAAAUUUCAAGAAAAACUGGACAAUUUAAUAUUAUACGACCAUAAAGGUCAGCUAGUUGUCCAACAAGUUCUUGUGAAACAAGGUUUUGACACCAUAUUUACGGGGAGGGAACCGAUUCAUAUAAAACAGUAUAUUAUUAUCCUAACUUGUUGAGAGUUUUGUAGUGGUGUAAUAUUAUCCAACUGGCAUGUAAUCAAAAUGAUGUGCACCUAUAAACUCACCUGUUAUACGUGUAGCACCUCCGAGUCUUCCACAAGUACCAUUGUUAAUAACUUUCCACAAAUAUACUGUUCAUUUCUAGGGUUGGAUGUUGGUCUCGUGUCAAUUUCUUUCCUUUUCUUUUAACUUUACCUAUUACGCCCGAAAAAUCUUGAUAUCUGAAUUUUCUACAGACACUUUCUCUCUGAAAUUUCUUGAAUUUCUGGAUUCUCCUUGCAAAAGUAUGUGUCGGUGUUGUCAAGCAACAUGAAAUCAGACAUCCAAACUAUCUGCCAAAGAUUUGUACUUGUGUCUUGCAUGGUGAACCUGAUUACACAAAAUAUUAAGUGCCAAAUAUUUUCGUCAUGUGUGAUAUUUCUGUUGUUGUUCGAAAUUUCGUUUUUGAACAGAAAACAUGAACGAUAAACUAUCUGAAAAAUUAAAAACUGUGCUAUGACUCCCGUUUGUUAUAAAAUGUCCUUGCCCUUCAAUGUUUAUGUAUAUUUGUGGUACCUUGCUGUAGGCUGUAUUUAUCCAACCAUCAUGUGCUGGUGGUAUUAUUUUUUGAUUUCGAGUUGAUGUACAUUUUUUGUGUUGCUUAGUUAUUGUGGUCAGUGUGUAUAUUAGGUUACUGUACAGUUUAAAAUCCUUUUUUUUUUUUUAUUGUAGUUUGUAAAUAAGUUUGUAUACAUAGGUAUUAAUUUAUUAUUAUAUAAUUAUUACUUUCCAAAGUAAUGUUUUGAUUUGAACGUGUACAGUCUAGGCACUUGUGUGCCGGUAAACGGGUGGGCUAAGACGUUGGUCUCGGACCUGCGUCGUUGACGAUCUGUGAUUUCAUUAUAGUGUGGAAAGGUAUGAUUCACGCUGGUGACAUAUUUUGACAAGUUUUUGUAAGGUAUGAGUCGGAGAAUGUGUCACUUUCUAUAUUAUUAUUUUUUUGUUUGUUUGAAGUUUCAUAACAGUUCUUCACUAAAAAGGUAAUUUUAUAUAGUUGUUAAGUUUUAUUCCUUCCAAAAAAGUUUUUAAAAAUAUAAAAUAAUAUCACCAAGUCUCCUUUUGUUUGCUGUUGAUGAACUAAGUUUCCAUGACAGCUAAAAACAUGUACAAAUAAAGUAAAGAGAGAAAAAAAAAAGAGAAUGUUGAUAAUAUUUACAGUUGAGAAAAAAACAUAAAAAUGCAUUUAAUGUUCAUAUAUAUGCCUGGAAUUUUGAAUCUCAGUUUCUUUUGAUGAGCACUAACUGUUAAAUCACAAUGUAAACAGACUCUUUAUAAAGCUAAUUCAAAACAUUUCCCCAGACAAGAUUUUUUUAUGUAAAACAGAUGCGGAAGGAAUGAAAUGGUAAGGAAAUUGCUGAUGUGGGUUUGGUUAAAAGUGCCUCUCUUCUUACCAAAGACAAAUACUGUAUUGUGUUAUGCUAAGAACAAAUUUCAGAUGCAAAAAAAUUGCCAAUGUGAGCAAAAAAUUGGUUGACCAAGUUUGGGGUGUCAUUCUUGGAAGACGUUGUUUCGAGAUUGGUCUUUUCAUUUUCGAUGUUCCAGGAGUUGUAUUUGUACUGGAAGGUAAACAAAAUCAAUAAAUACGAGCGAAAUUCAAAAGGACAAACAGGUGAUGGAGGACUAAGGUGAUCUUUAAAGUAUUCUGUUACUGUAGCAACUCUGUUGCCAUGGAAACCUAUUAGACAUGAGGGUAUAGAUUUUCUCUAUACAUGUGCCCCGACAGCUUUUUCUAGAAGCAUUCCGAUAGAGUAUUUAUUUCCGACUCUAGCUGGCACGGUCAGUGUAGCGGUAGUUGUCUACUCUUGUUGUUCUAUAAUAUUAUAUGAUCUUAAACAAAGGGCCGGUCCUUUUGUUGUUUUCUACUCUGUCAUCAAGACGGAAUACGACCUUGAACUAUCUGUCCAAGUGUGACCCUUGACCUUAUGGAUCACUUGACAUUUACGUUGGAGGUCGUUGCCGGUUAGAGUCGGAAUGCUAUGAAUGGGUACAUUUUGAUCAUAUAGAAAAUGUCGAAAUGUUCACCGUAACUAAUGGCAACAUUUGUCACACAAGUUUGUACGGCUACUUUGUAACUUUGGGCACCAAUUUGUCACCUUUUCCGGAGACUAGUACAAAUAUGUCUGUCUCAUGUUUACCAGGUCAACAACAUGUAACUGUGUUUUUUUUGUUUUUUGUUUUAAUUUCAAAGAAAGGUUAUGCUGAUGCACAUUUGUUGGCCCCAGUCUAUGCAAUUUUGAUACAGAGUUGCGAUGUGUGCCGAGUUUUAAACAUAUUUACACACAAUCUUGUUUUACUGUAGACAUUGGAGCAUACAAUGGGUUUUUGAGUUGAAAUACUUUUUUUGUAAUCAAAGUCUGUCCAUCACUCUGUUACUAUAGCAACAGGAGAAUGUAGCACAACUACAGCCAUAUAUGGCAACUGAGAUGUGUGCCGAGAUCUUUUUAAGAUUGCUUUUACUUCACUUAGCAAUUUGUAUCAAGUUCAUAUUUUGAGCUAAAUAAACAAAAAUCUGCAUAAGA